AAAAAAUCCGAAGCUCGUUAUUUUGGUUAUAUUCACUGGAUUUCAUGACAGUGCUGUAUUUAGUCUCCAUAUUUCGCACGCAGCCAGAUCUGUUUACUGCCUGGGCACCACUUGCCGGGGCAAGCUUGGUUUCAGCGACUAUCCGGACUUUCGUCUUCGUGAAACUAAACCGCAAAGCUGCUAAACUGGCGGAUAUCGUAGCCGAUCGCAUCACUAAAGAACCCUAUGGAAGUUACAAACAGAACGCAGUUAUAUGGCUAAUGGUCACAGACCGACGACAUAUUGGAUUUGAUGUGGGAGGACUGGUGCCGAUCAACUCACGCUUUGUGCUUGGAAUAUCAGGGGUUCUGGCAACGUACAUCAUGCUCAUGUGGGAUGGAGAGAGGUCUUUGGAUUCGAGUGCCGCAGGGUAAACGAUUCUUUGCUGUAUGCAGUUGCAAGUUGACCGUAUAGAAUCAGC